GAUUUCUUGGACAAAAACUAAAAUCAAAGAAUCUUCACUGGAUUUAUUUCCAAUUUCUGCUGUGGGUAAGGUUUUAGUGUAUUUUUAGACCUGGUGCGAUCCAGCUUAACACAAUUGCUGCGCGCUUUUUGCUGCCAGAUUUGAGUGUUGCCUCCAUCGUCUUCUCUCACAAUCAACUGGGGGGGCCGGAAAGGAUUUAACGAAGGAGUUACACGCUUGUUUCUAUGGUAACACUGCAGCUCACGAACCUUUGAAGGACUGAAGGUUAUCAGUAGACACCCAGCAAACUCAAAGUCCAAGCAGCUCUUUUCACCAAUGAGCAGCCAGACCAGUGACGGGGGGGCGGCCCCUCCAUCUCGGCCCAAUCAGAAGACAUUUUUGGAUGAUGUCAUUUUGACCUUUACUUCACCAAUGGCCUGGCUGCUGGUUGUGGCUCUGAUCAUCACAUGGUCAGCCGUGGCCAUUGUUCUCUUUGAUCUGCUUGACUAUAAGACUCUGGCAGAGUACACAUCAUACUGUGACGACCCCAUGUGUUUAUCUGCUGGUUUGAGGUCUAGAGGUGUUGUUCGUUCAAUAAAAUCAAGCCAUGCUGGAGUCCCUGGUGAGGCUGCAGCUCAGGGUGGCACCGACUGGUUGGAGCUACUGUGGAAUUUUGCAGCCAGUUUGGUCGCUCCUGAUGAUGAGGAGGAGGAAGGUAUUCAUCAGCUAACUGAAACCUUCACAUCUUUCCACUCUGAGGAGCUCUGAAAGAAAGGAGGGUGGAAAAUGGAAGAAGCAUGAAGAGUUGAUGAGAAGAGGGGAAAGCCAAAAGAGAAAGGGUGUCUGUCUGUGGAAGAGAAGAUGUAGAGAAACUAUAGGAGGAUGUAUAGUAUCACAGCAAUGUUUCUGUCUGUCUGUUGUUAAAUGGAAUUUGAUGAAUAAAAACUGCUAAUAAUAUGAA